AAGCUUUUUACUCUUGAACGUGUCAAUAUGAACGAAAUUUGCAAAACUGUUACCUCUCAAAAAGGAAAAGUAAAACUAAAUGUUCACGGUUUCUUGUUAGUUAAAGAACGCUCUGUGGAAAAUACUUAUUACUGGAGCUGUGAGAAAAAAAGAUCUGAAAACUGUCCAGGCCGUGCAGUAACUAUCUUUUCUAAUGGUUCACAUUUUCUUAAAAAAACUACCAAGCACGAACACUCCCCUCAAGCAAGUAGUAGUGAAGUGGCUGUAAUAGUUGAACGUAUUAAACGACAAGCAAGAGAAACUCAUGACUCACCUGCUCAGAUUAUCCAAAAUAAUAUUGCUUCUGUUGAUAUAAAUUUGGUAUCUAAUAUGCCUUCAAAGGAUGCACUUCGUAUGAGAAUAAAGCGCAUUAGAAGUUCUGAAAUGCCCCCACAACCUCAAACUCUUGACGAAGUCGAUGUACCACUUCCAUUUCAAUAUACUUUAAAGGGAGAAUU